GAAAAUACAAAAUAAUUUUGUUUAAAUUCGUAAAUAUUUUCAAGAAUUUAAUUUAACUACAUUGAUAUAAUGGUUCGCAUAACUGAGGAAUUGGUGCGUAAGAAAUCUGAGCAUAAUGAAUUACUAAUAAGUACCUUGGAGGAACUUUCUUUGCAUCAGGAAGACAUUGAACGUAUAGAGCAUUUGCAUAACUGGUGUCGUGAUCUGAAGAUCUUAUUAUUGCAAUCGAAUUUAAUUUCGAAAAUAGAAAAUUUAUACAAACUUAAACGACUGGAAUAUUUGAAUUUGGCACUAAACAAUAUUGAACGGGUGGAGAAUUUAGAAAAGUUGGAAUCAUUAAAUAAGUUGGAUUUAACACUAAACUUUAUAGGUGAACUGACCUCAAUUGAAAGUCUCAAGGAUAAUUAUAAUCUAAGAUCACUGAUAUUGACUGGAAAUCCUUGUUGUGAUUAUCCCAAUUAUAGGGAAUUUGUGAUUGCUACAUUGCCCCAGUUAGAGAGUUUAGAUUGCCAAGAGAUAACUUUGACUCAGAAGUUAAAGGUCAAGCCCCAUCUGAAGGCAUAUCGUGCAGUUAUUAUACAAAAACAAGCCGACUAUGCCAUGCAACGUGAUGAACAAAAGCUACGUUUUCAACAACAAAAGGAAGAACUGGAGGCUAAGAUGUCCACCAUCGAAGAUGAGGAUGAGCGUAUAAAAACCUUUUGGGAUUCAAAAAGUGAAAAUUGUCCUGAAAUACGUCAAGAAAUUGCUAAAUAUCACCGCAAAGGACGUGAAACAAGUUGUGAUGUUGCGGAUAAUAAGAAAAAGUCCAUUGAACCAAAGUUAUUUGCUCCGUGUGGACGUCCCUAUAAUAUUAACAAACCCAAUUUGCCAUUUGCGCUUAGCGACGAAGAUGGCGAAUACAUAUUAAAACUGGAGGUUUACAAAUUCCUCGAUACUUCUCACAUUAAAGUGGAAAUCGAAGUUAAUUAUAUCCGAGUAACUGUCAAGGGUAAAAUUUUUCAAAUAGCACUUAAUGUUGAAGUUAAACCCUCUGACGCGGUAGUCCAACGUUCACAAAUAACAGGUCAAUUAGUUAUACAUGUUCCUAAGCUGCAUGAAAAUGAAAUUUUGAAAUCUAAAUCAACUGGCAAAACUAUUGAGACCAAUAAUAAAAAUUUCGAUAACAGGUCUCGACAACUUAAAGGAACCGUCAAACUCGAUGCCAUUUGCAGCAAAAUCGAUGAAGAAAUUCCAGAUUUGAUUUGAAUUAAAAAACACUUUUUAAUUAUUUAAUUAAAAAUCUUUUAUUUUUUAUUGUUUUUACUUUAUUAUUUCUUAUGUACGAGUAAUUUUAUGUAAACUUUACAUAAUCUAUAGUUUUUGUUUUUUUUUUUUUAAUUUGUUCUUGAAUCAUCAUCAGUAUGUUGUGGUGUUAUAUUUAAAUAUUCUUGUGUUUGGGGUUUGUGGCAUGUA